UUGCACUCUCUAUGCUGGGGUUAUCAGUGACUAUUGCAAAACAAAUCAGCUAUAAAGGAGCACUCCAAAAAAGUUCUACUCAUUUAUUAGGGAAUAUCGAAUCAAACAUGCUGUCACUUCGCCUAAUCGCAGUAGUCGCUGCACUGCUGGCUCCGGCCGGCGCCAACUCGCUGGAGGAGCAAAAGCAAAAGUACCGCCAGUCGAAGGGAAUCUGCGCCAAGUUGUUGCGCGUUCCAGCGGACAUAUUCGAGCGGUACGACCGGUCGGAGUACGCGGAGAACCACGACACGUACUGCUUCAUCCGGUGCGUCGCAAUGCUGCACGGUCACUACGACGACGAGCAGGGCCUGCUGGUGGACAACUUGUACGAGGUGGUCAGCUUGGGUAAGAGCAGGGAGGAGUUCACCGAGCUGAUGAACGGGUGCCAGGCGGAGAACGGCGAGGAAGAUACGAAGUGUUACUGCAGGAAGGCGUUCAAGCCGAUGCUGUGUUUUGGGCGGCACUUUAACGAGUGGAGGAAGAAGGUUGCUUCUGAUUAAGGUUGAUUACUGUGAGGAUGCAUUCAGAGAUUCAAUAAAAACAGUUGGUCAGCAGUUAAGCGAUAA